AGGCAAUAUAAAAGACCUCUUUCUGGAGCUGCUAAUUGUAGAACUCGAAGCUCUCGAAUCCACACUCAAGUUUUGUGUAGCAAUGUCGCCUACCGUCGUUAAAAACUUGACCUUUCAGACCAACGAUCUCGGCAGGGAGGUCACACUUCUGCUCACUUUCGAUGCCCACACGGAGGGCCUCGAAGGGGAAUUCAACCCCAAGAUUUUGAAAACCGGCACUUUCAAACAGAAGGGCAAGUGCGUGAUGCCAGUGACCUAUACGAACGAACUUGCUUUUGGCAAAGCGCAGGCCGUGACUGGGAGGAUCGUUGACGCUGCAACUUUGAAGACCAGCCAACGAACCACCCUGACUGAGAAUAAUGGUGUCCUCCAUUUCUCUACACCUGAGACGGGAGCCGAUGGUUUCCUGCAGGCCGUGAACAAAACUGGGUCCGUACAGGACCUUGCAGUCGGGUUUUUGAACGAGGGAGGCUUCGGGUCUGGGCCGACGCUCCGCUUCAAGGACGUUGGAGAUGGCAGCCGAGUCACGGCUUUGCGGACUCCGAUCCUGCGCGCCUACAUCACUUCGGACCACCAAAAGACCUCAGUUUUGGCUGGUGCCGUUGACACCCCUGAGAUCUGGGCGCAAAAUCUCGACUCGCUUGCUGAGAGUACGACCUGGAACCUUAAAUUUAACGAAUCCACCGGACAGUACACAAUCACCCCGGCUUAAUGAACCCGAAUUGAUUUGCCCGAUAACCGCUGUGUGAGCCUGACACGGACCUACGGUUGCCCGUCUCGUAUGAUGUUGUUCGUCCCUUGUGUAAUAGCUGUACUGUGUUGAAUUGAUCGAUCAUUUAUGUGUGUGUAGAAUAUUGCCACAUUGUGUUGGAUUUUGGUAAGACCGUGGUGUUGUUAUUGGUAUAGAGAUCGGGUGACCUCCACUCGGUGUUCCCCUGGGUUGUUCAAUUGUUAAUCAUCGACAUCCCAAUUUUGAGUCCGUCAUGGAUCAUAGUCGAGUUUCUGUACCACCGAAACAUGGAGCGGAUCGAAUCGUCGAGCUCGGUACUGCUACUUUGCG